UAACCAACAUCAGAACGAUCCAUCCCAGCUCGUGAGCCCCUCACAUCAUCGCGACCAUUCACUCGGCAAAGUAACGGACAUAGUAUAUUAUUUUUGAAGUAAUCUUUGGCCGACCUCUCUGCCUUCUGUCUUCAUUCGAAAACUUUCAACACUUUUCGCAGGAACAAAUUCCAGCGUGAAGGCACGAGUGUAGUGCAAUCAUGUCUGCGUCGAACGAGACGGACAAAAUCACCUCUCCUAGUGGACCGGAGUCGCCUACUACAGCUCGACCUCUAGAGUUGGAUGAUGAUGAUGUACAGGAAUCGGGAAUCACCGGUGGCGAUGAUCCCUCCAGAGAUGCUCCUUCCAACAAACCCGCGUCGACGACUGCGGACGACGUUCCUCCUCCUCCCAAGCCCCCUCGACCUCUCACAGAGGCACAGCAGAACGUCGGUCUACUCAAAGAGGCGUUCCCUGGUAUCGACGAGGCGGUCAUCAGGGCUGUCCUCACCGCCAGUGGAGGACGCAUUGACCCCGCUUUCAAUGCUCUCUUAGAGAUGACGGAUCCAGAUGCUGUCAAGAACGAGCCGCAAGAAGAGGCCCCUCCUCCCCGCCCCCCACGCCCGGCCGCACACAUGUCACAACUCGAGGCUGACGAGCAGUACGCCCGACGGCUCGCUGAACACUGGGAUAAUGUGGGCGCAUACGAGGCACGCACUUCCAACCGCAGUAACCAAGGAAGCCGUCAGAGUCAGGGUCAGGGUCAGGGUCAGGGUCAGGGUCAGGGUCAGGGUCAGGGUCAGGGAAAAGAACACAACUUUUUUGAAGACGACCUUCCUGUGAUCCAGGAGAAAUUGCGGAAGGGUUUCCUCGAGACCCAGGGAAAGGUCAACUCGUGGAUUACAACUAUGAAGAAGCGGCUCGAUGAGGAGUUUGCGGAUGAUGAUGAUGGCUCGAACCGACCGUACCGCCCAGGCCAGGAACAAUUUCCAGGUCCUCGGCCCGCGCAGCAGUCAGGGAGACGGAGCGGGGACUACGAGCGUUACGAUGCCGACCCUCAGGUCUUGAGCGAUGACUUUGCUGGCAUGAGAUUUACGGCGGAUGGUACCCCUGUCCGAGAUCAUAGUGAUCCGGAUGUGUUCCGGCCGCCUCCACCGUCCAAGUCCCCUCGGCCGUCGGACGGACGAAAGGUCAGUUUCAGAGACGGCGUGGAAGAGAUUGACGUCUACGGGUCGUCUCCGAAGCUGUCCACAGAGGAGGCCACGGGGUCUAAGACCAAGUCGAGCAAGUGGCAGCCCUUGUCGACGGUGGACCCCAACCCGAUCAACGACAAUGAUCCGUUCAGUCUUGGCGAUAGUGAGGAUGAAAGGGAUACGAGAGACAGGGCUGGUUCAAAGGAAAUCAAGCUUGAUGAUAACGAACGGUUAAAGCAAGCGGCUGCGGAGGCUAUGGCUGAUAGCCUCGUCGAUUCGAAGCCACCACAAGCCGCGUCAGCUGAAGGGGCGGCUAAAAAGGAUUAAGAUGUGAUUGUCCACAGCUUGGACAUCGUGGGAAGCGGCAAAUUUGAGCACUGCCUUUAUUGUUGGAACACUGACUUCGUAGCCGUAU